AGAAAGUUAUGGCUAGUUAUGAUUUUAAAAUUAAAAGAAAUUAAUAGUCAUUAGGAAAUCGAUCUAAAGAUGGCAGCACUACACUAAUUCUAGAUGACGUUACGGAAACGUAAUAGUAGGCGUGUCAGGAGCACUGCUUGAUCUAGUCGCUCAUAUUCUUCCGAGAUUUCGUUUUCAGAUCUGUUUACAUUUGAAAAAGUUUUUUGUUCGCUAUAAGUUUAAGGUCCAAUUUUUGUUAAGUUUUUGCCAUUGAAGAUUCUUGUGCUUUUUUUGAUUGAUUGCAAAUUAUCAUGGGUAAAAAGCCAAAAGGAGGACGGAAGCAAAUUCUUCAACUAGAAGAAAAGAAAAAAGUUAAAAGUACCACUUCACGGGUGAAGAAUUUAAUUCAUAGUGACAGUGAUGAUGAUUCAAAAAAAUCUAAUGAUUCAGAAAUCUCCGCCAAAGGAACAAAGGAAGCCACGCCUUUAGAUUCUGAAGUUGCAGAUUUUUUUAAAGAAAUAGAUGCUUUGACGGUAAAUGAAGAAUCAGUCAGUGAAGAAAAUGUUUUGCAAAUUGAAGAAGAUAAAAAAAAGGAAGUAGCAGUUCCUACUGAAUCAAAAUUAUCACAUAAUGAUGAAUCUGUGGCUGAUUCAGUUUCUGAAGUUGAACUAGAAGUGAAUAAAGAAACCUAUUGCACUUGGCAAGAAAUAAAAGAUGAUUCAACAGGCUAUAGUUACUAUUGGAACGUAAAAACUAAUGAGGUCACAUGGGAAGUUCCUGAAGAGUAUUCUGAUUACAAAAGGUUGCUAAAUGUUAGUAAGUUUGAUACUAAUGUAAGAGAGCAAGAGGAAAAUAAAGAGGAAAGUCUAAAAACUCUACAGAAAAAGAAAACAUCCCAAAUUAAGGAAGGUUCAAUCAUCCCUAUUUCAUACUAUGGAGGAUCAUCCUCUGAUGAAUCUGCUAGUGAUGAUAGCUUAUCUCAAGCAUCUCUCAAAAGUAACAGACAUGCUGAGGAAGCAGUAUCUGGUAUCAUUGGACCUUUACUCCCACCUGACUUCCAAUUUCCACAAGAGGUUUCAUCUUCAGUUGAAAAUUCAGAAACUAAGUUUAUUUUAGAAAAUAACUCAACUUCUCAGAAUUCUAUAAAAGAGUCUGCUGGUUCUGAUAGCUGUUUUGAUCUGCCGGAUAAUGAAGCUUCGGUAAAGGUCUCUAUUACUAAUUCUGAGUCCAUUCAAAGUGAAGAAUCACCACGUGCAUCAACAUCAUGUGAAAUUCUACAACCAAAAUCAAAAGACUGUAAAGAUGUUGCCUUUUCUAAUAAGACCAAAGAAAAUCCUGAUUCUAGUAGUAUGGGAGAAAAAUUGACCAUUGGUCCCAGGCCUGUUGUUGAUUAUGAUAGCUGUACAGAUGAAGAGGAAGUAAAUAAUGUGCCUGAUAUUUUAUCCACUGUUGUUGACUAUGAUAGCUCCACAGAUGAUGAGGAUGGAGUUAGUAGUCUAUCUGAUGUUCCAAACAAAAAACCAGAUGUUGCAUUCAUUGAGGCAUCUGCUGUAUGUGUGAAGAAUAAAAAUAGCCAACUUGUGAACUCAAACGUAGGUUUUGAGGAUGGUGCUAACCGAGAUAAUUCACCAAUUGAGCAAUCAUCUGAUAAGUUAGGCAUGAGUGAAGAUCUACCUCUGUCAGAAUUAUAUUUACCAAUGAAUGUCACUGUUAAUGUGAAGCGUAAAAUUCCUGAUACUGAAGAAUUACACCAAGACUUUCAAAAUGAUCUUGCUACAGGAUCUAAAAAAGUGAAACUUUCUGAUCGCAUUGAAAACAUUUUACCAAUUUUUAAAGAAAGUCAUGCUUAUAGUGCCCAAGAAGGCUUGGGUUUUAGAAAAGAAAAUUUGAAUGAGGACUUAUCUGAAAAACGUCGUUCACCUUAUUCAAAUGGUUUAAAAAAAUAUUUACCAAAUAAGGAUUACAAAUCUUUAAGCUUCAUAAAAUCCGAACAUGUUCUUGAACUGAGUACAUCAUUAUUAGGAGAAAAUAAAACUGAGUUAUCAAAUAAAAAUAGUUUUGAUGAAGUUUCCUCACAAAAUAUUGUGUCUCCAGGUUCUGGAAAUUCUGAUAAUCAAGUGAAAGAAAGUUCAACCUGUGAUAAAAAAUGUACCUCUUCUAACGAUGCAGAAAGUAAAGAAUCAAGUGUUUCUUCCUUUGAUUAUGAUGAGGAUAGUAUUGAACAAAUAGACAGAGCAUUAUGUGAAGCUUUAGAAGCUAAGAAAAAUGCUGAAAAAAUCACUAUUUCUGAACCAGCGGCAUCACCUUUGAAGGAGACAGGUGCAAAUGAUUCAGAUAUUUCCUGUGAAAUUGGUCUUUCAUCCAUGGAUCGAGAACGAACCAUAGAAGAAGCUGUUACUUUGAUGAAUAAAUUAAGAUUCAUAUGUAAUGUCUAUCCAAGUUUAACUGAAUUAAAUUAUCUUCUUAUUCAGUCUCAGACACGUAUUUCUGAUUGGAAAUGCGGAGCCCUCAAUGAAAUGUAUUUUUUGGAUAGACUCCAGGAAGUUAACCGUUAUAUAUGUCAAUAUGAAAAUAGUAUCUCCAAUCAAGAUUGGGCCUGCAAUUGGGACAGUUAUCAUGAAAGAUACUAUUUCCUCAAUAGAAAAACAGGACUCACCAGAGAAACUUUUCCGGAAUGUACUCCAAGUGAUCAAGUCGAAACAAAAAUCCCUGGGCCACAAGCAAGUGAAGUUCUGAAUAAUAAUGUUCCUACUGUUUCCUCUUCUAUGUCGAACAUUCUACCCUCUGAGAACUUUCAAAUUCAUAUUUCUAAUGUUCGUGAUGAGUUAAAAGUUUCUGCCAACUCAUUCCGUGAUGCUUCCCCACCGCCUCCUCCUCCAGGAGUGGAUACUCCUCCACCACCUCCACCUUACAGCCCACCACCUUAUACCCCUCCUCCUCCUCCUCCAGACAGCACAGAAGAUGUUUAUGAUUUACAAGAAGAUAUGGAUCUUGAAAAUUCAAAUGAUUCCAUUAUCCACCCCAUAAUUUCUAAUGACCCAACUUAUGAAGUUAAUCAGAUAAAGUAUUCAUCAAUGGCUGUAUCUUCAUCUUAUAACAUAGAGAAUCAACAUCUUGAGACUGCAGUAGAUAGCAUUACUUCAACAUUACAAACUUCUUGUAGUGAUUCAAAUGUAAUUUCUGAUAACUCACAAAUUUUCUCUCUUUCUUCAAGUUGUUCGAUUAAUGAAACGUUUGCUCUUCCUUCGGAAGUACUUUCAUCUAAAACUACAAAUGAGGAAGUAGAAAAUUAUAGAACUAUUGCAACGCCUGUUUGUUUGCAGUCUGAUAACAAUCUUGAUGUGUGCCAAAGUUCAAGCAGUUCAAUACAGUCUAAUUUAUCUGAGGAUAAAGGAAAAGUAACUUUAACUACCUCUAAAAAUUCUGCUCCAAAAAAGGAAAAAAAGAAAACAAAAUUGUUGUCAGUUUUGGCCUUGAAAAGGAAGAAUAUACCAUUACUUGUUGAAAAAUGGCAAAAAAUAAAAGAAGAGCAAGAAAAAGAAGAUAAAUCUGAUCGUUCUUAGAAAGUUUUCUGUUACAGCGGAAAAUGACUUUAUGAGGCUUAUGACCAAUUAUGAGAAAAAUUAAUGGAUUUGUUUUUUGAUUUAAUAAUAAUCACACACUCACACACACAUGUAAAACAUUAAAACUCUCUAGAAAUUCAUAAUACUAAGUAUAAAUGUUUUUUUUCUUCUCAUAUUAUGAAAUUCUUCUAAAACUUGCUGUUUGGUUUAUCUUUUUACUUCUUGUUUUGAACUUUUCUUGGUUGCUUUUACUAUCUAUCCAUUAUGAUUUUAAACUACUGGAAUGAUUUAUAGUAUUUUUUAAUAUCAAGGAAAAGUGUGAUAUAUUUUCAUAGGAGUUUUUUGUGGAUACAACACAUCUGCUUUUGAACCAGUGGAAGCAGUUGCUAAUUUUGUUAGAUAGGAUGAUUUUUAAUUAAAAAUGGUUGUUACUUUUGCCGUAUAUCAGAUACUUUUCCCUUAAAUUUUUCAACUAUUUUUGAAACUUGUUUAAUUUACACUAAUUUUUACUUCAACUUAUUAGAUAGAGCUGUAGCUUAUAUAUAUAUUUUUUGAUUCAGUAAGUAACAAUUUUAAAUUCAGUUACUAGGGCAUUUUGCUUCUAAAAUUACUAAAAAAAACAUAUAAAUAUAUUAAUUUUUAAAUGUUGUGUAAACAUUUAAAAAUUAACUUGACUUGAUUUCUUCCAAAAGGUCAUUUUGAUUGAGACCAUUCUCUUAUGUUUUAAUUUCCCACUUAGUUUUUUUUAUGUGCAUUGCUGUCAUUCAUAACUUAUUUAUAUUUGAUAUUUAACUUAAAAUUGUAUUUUAUCACUAUUUGAAGACUUUUCAAAAAUGUUCAAAAUUGAAUGUACUUAAAUUUUUUUUCCGUGUUUAAGCUGGAAUUGUGAUAUUUAAAAAUUCCUUUCACCCUCUUGAAUCUUGUAAAUACUUGCCAUUUAAAAAAUGUGUUUUAAUAUUUUUUGUAAUGCUAUGAAUACUAUGUCUUUUAUAAAGUAUUAAGUUUUCCUUAGCUUCAAAUGAACUUGAUUUUGAAUUCUUGAAAUUUAUAUUUAAAUUGUAAUCCUCAUUUAUUUAUGUUUAUACAUUAUGAAUUUUUGUUACAAUACAAGUAGCUCUGUAUUUAUGUCUAAGUUAAUGUUUGUGUUUUGUAACAUUUUGAAAGACCAAUGCUUAGAUAUCACACUCUAUUAUAUGUGUAUGUGUAAAUGUUUUUAAGCACUAUUUUUAAAACUUUUUGAUCUCUGUAGAAAAAUGUAUAUUUUUGUGAAUUUCAUAAUAAUUUACUUAUAACUGUUCAUACAUGUACAUAUAUCAUAAUUUUUGUAGUGCAUUAUGUAACUAAGUUUGACUGCCUAUUGUUAAUAUUUAUAUUUAUUAUAAUUAUUUCGGAAAAUAUUUAGAAUUUUAUUUUGUGUGGAUAAAAAUGCUUCUACACUCUGUUUGAAUAAAUAUACUUUGUUUUUUAAAAAAUAAAACCAUUUGAUUAAGAUUUGAUAAA